AUGCAAGACAAAACAAAAGUAAAACACAACAGGAAAAUGAAACGAUUUUGUCGAAAAGGAAUCCCUGCAGAAUACCGACCAGUAGCAUGGAUGACUCUAACCAAUGCCGAAUCCCGAAUGAAAAUGUCCCCGAACCUCUACCGGGAUUUACUUGCAAGAUCCAUAGAACCUGCACUAGAGGAAACCAUCCGAUUAGAUCUUCAUCGAACAUUCCCAGAUAACAUCCAUUUUAGAAGCUCAGAUGACUUUGAAACUCUUCAGGUUCCCCUGUAUAAUAUCCUCAAAUGCAUUGCCUUAAAAAAUCCACAUGUUGGAUACUGUCAGGGUCUUAAUUUUGUAACCGGUUUACUCCUUUUGAUUAUAAAAAAUGAAGAGAAAAUAUUCUGGUUGAUGGAUACAUUAAUAACAGAAAUCCUCCCAGAUUUUUAUAACCCAAAUAUGAAGGCAUUGAAGGCAGAACAAGAAUUACUGGGACAAAUUGUCAAGUGGAAGUUACCUGAUGUCCAUGAUCAUUUACGCAUACUGGGUGUCCCCUGGGCCUUGAUUGGAACAAAAUGGUUUAUUUGCAUGUAUGCUGAUGUAAUGCCUGUUGAGACUGUCCUUCGAAUUUGGGAUUGUGUAUUUUAUGAAGGGUCCAAAGUCCUACAGCGAGUGGCCAUAACGUUAAUAGCGCUAAAUAAGGAGAAAAUUUUAGCUUGCAAAGAUUUUCCAGAAGCUGUUGAUCUCAUCCAGAAGUCUGUGAAGCAGCCACCUUGCUUACACUGCCAUAAUUUUAUGAUGCACAUCUUUAACGAACCCGGUUCCUUUCCUCGAUCUCGAAUCAAUAGCUUACGAGAUACAUGCUUCAGUGAAGUAACUUAA